CCACUCCUCCCACUCCUUAGGCAUGGACCUCUCUGCCAAUCAGGAUGAGGAAGGAGACCAGGAAGUGUUCCAGCUGGAGAUGAGUCGUGAAAACAGGAAGUGUGCCUUCCGGACGGCUGCAGGGAAGUACUGGACCCUGACAGCUACUGGAGGACUGCAGUGUACUGCCUCCACCAAGUCUGCUAACAGUCAUUUUGAUCUGGAGUGGAGAGAGGGGCGUGUCUCUCUGAGGGCAGCCAAUGGGAAGUUCGUCAGCGCCAAGAAGAACGGUCAGCUGGCCGCUACUGUCGACAACGCAGGAGACGCAGAGCAGUUCCUGAUGAAGCUGAUAAACCGUCCAAUCAUCGUCCUCCGCGGAGAGCACGGCUUCAUCGGGUGCCGCAAGGUUGGCAUGGCAACGCUGGAUUCUAACCGCGCCUCCUACGACGUCUUCCAGCUGGAGUUCCACAACGGAGCCUACGCCCUGAAAGACUCCCAGGGGAAGUACUGGUGUGUUGGAGAGGAAGCUGCUGUGGUGUCCAGCAGUGCCACGCCCAUCCACUUCCUGUUUGAGUUCUGCGACUAUAGCAAGAUGGCGGUGCGAGCGGCCGGGGGGCGCUACCUGAGGGGCGACCACGCCGGCGUCCUGAAGGCCAACGCCGACACAUUGGAGAGCGCCACCCUGUGGGAGUACUGAGAAGCCAGGAGCCAGACACAGGGUGUCUGUGUGUGUGUCUCUCUGUGUGUGUCUGUGUCUCUGUGUGUGUGUGUUGAAAAGCAAAAGAGAAUUCUAAAUGUGUUCCAGAAACUGGAUGUGUCUUUUGGGUGUCUGGAAUUGUUUUUGGAAUCCUUUAAUUGGGAAACUGGGUUCCUACCUUUUGUAAUACUGGAGUAACGCCUAAAUGGCUCCCCCUUAUCAUACUGGUGCAACGUGAUAAUGUGUCCCCAGUCCCCUUGCUUUUUUACUGUGUCAUCUCAGUGUUGAAAACUGGAAAUCAUCUGAACUGGAGACGUCUGUCUAGGACUUGGGGGUUAGUUUGGGGUCCGGGUUAGGGACUAGGACAGGAGUAGGUUAGGGUCUGGAUUAGGGCAGACAGGGUUAGAGGUGGUUGUUUCUGGCUAACUGUCAUUCAUCAUCUCCUCUCAAUGGGAGUUAGAACUGGAUAAUCUGGCCCUCAAAGAUGGAGGCCUUUCAUAGUGUUUGCUGAGAUUACAGAUUAAACUUUAGGAUUAGACGACAGAUCGUAUGAGCAGAGAGACUCUGGGUCUGACAGCCAGGAGGUUGAUAGAAACCUCACUUGUGUUGGUGGAAAUGGGACCAGGUCGGUCAAGGUGCUGAGUGGUGAAAAUGGGAUCAGGUCAGUCAAGGUGCUGAGUGGUGGAAAUGGGACCAGGUCUCCACAGAGACGGAGGAGCAGGUUUGACCCAGUUCCAGUCUGUUCUGUUCCCUCCCCUAGCUCCCUUUCCUAGCUGCCUUCACUUGUCUCCCAUGCAUGUGUGUGUUUGGGGGGGGGGGGCGAGGAAGUAUGGACAGAAGAAAGGGAGGAAGGGAGGGAAGUGUAGAGGGAGGGUGUGAGGGAGGGUGAGAGCAAGGGUGAGAGGGAGGUAGGAUGAAAGGAAGGAAGGAUGGGAGGGAGGAUUGAAAAACAGGGAUGUGAUCCAGUUAGGUUAAGAGUGUGUCAGAGCCAUCAUACUUGCACACACGAAUACAUGAUGACACACUCUGAAACGGUCUUGUCAUGCACUUCAUCUCUCUUUCUCACUUCAGAAAAGGCUUUAUUGACAUGAAAUACAAUUGUAAAUGUUGCCAAAUCAACUAUUUCUCCCCCCCUCUCUUUCUGUCUCUGUCCCCCCCUCUCUCUGUCUCUGUCAUUGUGAAGUCACAGUGAAGUUGUCUGGGGACAGACUGGAGUUCUAGAAUGUAGGAUUGGUGUGCCUGUGUGAUCCUGUCCAUGAUGACAAGCACAUUUUUGUAGAGAUGAAACGUUUAGUCCAAGACCGAGGGCUCCUAUUGGUCCUCCAUGUGCACUAAGGGGAAAUGUUAUUGGUUCAGGCUGUGCCUUGUUUGGAAUAGAAUGAAUUAUGUGUUUUGAUGAUUCCAUGCAUAUUUAAAAGAUUGUUUUGUUACACUUCAACUUUAAGAAGUCAACGGAUCUCUUUAGCCAAUCAGCAGAUAGUUCAGCUAUGAGAGAAUUGUAGCCUGGGAGAUAAAGCAUUGAGAUCCAGUUUCUGUUUAUGUGUCUGAACAUCUUUUGAGGGGCAAACAAAUGUUACAGUUAAAAAGAGGAUUUGGAACUGAAUCCAUUCAGUCCAAAACUCCAAAUAAAGUUUUGUCUGUUGACAGUGGAAAACGAAAA